GCUCGCGCUCCGUUUGCUGCAUUCCCGGAGCAGCCAGCGAGCCUGCCCCUGUCAGGCUGAGCGGGCAGUGCCGGGCCACCGGCAGCAGCCGCCAAAGAUGUGCCCCACUCGGGCGCUCCCGCGCUGAGUCUGAGGCCCGCCCUCUAGCGCCUGCCCGCCAUGUCGCAGAUGCUGCACAUCGAGAUCCCCAACUUCGGGAACACUGUGCUCGGCUGCCUCAAUGAGCAGCGCCUGCUGGGCCUCUACUGUGAUGUGUCCAUUGUGGUCAAAGGCCAGGCUUUCAAGGCCCACCGGGCCGUCCUGGCCGCUAGCAGUCUGUACUUCCGCGACCUGUUCAGCGGCAACAGUAAGAGCGCCUUCGAGCUGCCGGGCACCGUGCCGCCCGCCUGCUUCCAGCAGAUCCUGUCCUUCUGCUACACGGGCAGGCUGACCAUGGCGGCCAGCGAGCAGCUCGUGGUCAUGUACACGGCCGGCUUCCUGCAGAUCCAGCACAUUGUGGAGCGCGGCACAGACCUCAUGUUCAAGGUGAGCUCGCCCCACUGUGACUCGCAGACCGCCAUGAUCGAGGACGCCAGCUCUGAGCCCCAGAGCCCCUGCACCCAGCUGCAGCCGGCCGCCCCUGCAGCCCCCCCCUACGUCGUGUCCCCCUCCGUGCCCAUCCCACUGCUGACCCGUGUGAAGCAUGAAGCCAUGGAGCUGCCGCCGGCCGCCGGCCCGGGCCUGGCCCCCAAGCGCCCGCUGGAGACGGGGCCCCGGGAUGGCACAGCGGUGGUGGGCGCCACGGUGGCGGGCGCAGCCCCUCUCAAGCUGCCCCGGGUCUCCUACUACGGGGUGCCCAGCCUGGCCACCCUCAUCCCCAGCAUCCAGCAGGUGCCCUACUCCCAGGGGGAGCGGACCAGCCCGGGGGCCAGCAGCCUGCCCACCACCGACAGCCCCACGUCUUACCACAACGAGGAGGAUGAGGAGGAUGACGAUGCGUACGACACCAUGGUGGAGGAGCAGUACGGCCAGAUGUACAUCAAGGCUACUGGCAGCUACGCAGUGCAAGAGAAGCCGGAGCCUGUGCCACUGGAGAGCCGCUCCUGUGUACUCAUCCGCCGUGACCUCGUGGCCCUGCCCGCCAGCCUCAUCAGCCAGAUCGGGUACCGCUGUCACCCCAAGCUCUACUCAGAAGGGGACCCCGGCGAGAAGCUGGAGCUGGUAGCAGGCUCCGGGGUCUACAUCACGCGUGGUCAGCUGAUGAACUGCCACCUCUGUGCAGGGGUGAAGCACAAGGUCCUGCUGCGGCGGCUGCUCGCCACGUUCUUUGACAGGAACACUCUGGCCAACAGCUGUGGCACUGGCAUCCGCUCCUCUACCAGCGACCCGAGCCGCAAGCCUCUGGACAGCCGGGUUCUGAACGCUGUGAAACUGUACUGUCAGAACUUUGCCCCCAGCUUCAAGGAGAGUGAGAUGAACGUCAUCGCGGCGGACAUGUGCACCAACGCACGCCGCGUCCGCAAGCGCUGGCUGCCCAAGAUCAAGUCCAUGCUGCCCGAGGGUGUGGAGAUGUACCGCACAGUCAUGGGCUCCUCGGCCGCCGGCGUGCCCCUCGACCCUGACUUCCCGCCCACCGCGGCGCAGGUGUUCGAGCAGCGCAUCUACGCCGAGCGGCGGGGCGACGCCGCCACCAUCGUGGCUCUGAGGACUGACGCCGUGAACGUCGACCUGAGCGCUGCCGCCAACCCCAGCUUCGAUGCGGGCGAGGAGGCGGACGGGGCUGGCUCGGUCAUCCAGGAGGUGGCCGCGCCCGAACCGCCGCCACCCGCUGCGGCGCAGAGCCCUCCAGCGUCCUUCGAGCAGGGCAGCGCCAGCUCCAGCCGGCCGCAGACGCCCGCGGCGCCCCGGAGACAGGAGGCGUCCUACGCGGGGACCUUGUAGAGGAGCCGCCGGGAGCCUCGCGGGACCGGUACUAAAGCUGCUUGCAUGCGUUACUAAUACAAACAAAUGUGAUCAAGCCACUUACCUACGGGACUGCUACUGUUGCCUGACAAAAAUGUGAUUUUUAUUCUGCUUGUAUUUAAAGUUUAUGAAGGAAACAAAUGCAUUCGUUAUACUGUAAAGGAUUAGUCCGCUGGUGACCUAGUUGUGCAGAAGGUCCCAGGGCUCCUUUUGAUAUCUGCGAGGUUCGUCUCCGGGCUGUGGGCCCCUGACCCCGCUCUGGGAGGGCCGAGAGCCUGCGGCCCCCGGUGCCCGGGGCCCUGUGGCGUGGGGCACGCGUCUCCCAACACUCACUGCUCAUCGGGGGGACCCCGCCUGCUCCUCUGGGGCCAGGGGCCAAACGCCUCUUGUUUUCCCUUCUUCCUGAGACUCGGGGCUCAGGCCUGCCGGGUCCCCCGCGUGCGUGGGGUGCGGGAACGUGUGUGUGAGUAUGCGCGUGUGUGUGAGCGUGUGCGGGAGCAGCGGUGUGGGCACCACAGAGGGGAGGGAGAGGUGCGUGCCCCUCCGUCCUCCCGCCCCACGCCCGUGGGCCCUCCCGGCCCCUUCAGCUCCACGGCCCCCAGUGCCCGCCAGCUCCACCCGGCCCCGCCCGCCGUCCCGUGGUGCAGCCCCACCGCCCUCAGCCAUGUUGGGAUUACAUUUGUUUAUUUGUUUUUGUCUUAAUUCAGAUCUAUUUCAUGUAUGGUUUGAAAACUUUCAGACCCAAAAGAGCAAAAAAUUAGGGAGGAUUUGGUGUCCCUGCCCUCAACCUGCUAUGCUUUGGGCUGGGUCAUCUGUGCACCGUGUCCCGCCCAGCCCUGGCCCAGGUCCCACGCGCCUCCUGUUCGGAACCGGGUGGCAGGGGGGGGGGUCCAAGGGAGACACAGCCAGGGUGUGUAGCAAAGGAGGGGCUGGGGACCCCAUUUGGCCAGGCUGGGCUGGGGCGGGUCCCCCGUAUUGUGCUGCAAACCUUGGGGCCAGGCGGGCAGGAGGUGGGCACGGGCCAGGCUGCUGGGCAGUUUGCAGGAGGAGCCCGGGAGCAGCAGGGUGGAGGUUCUGGAAUGCGUGUGGCAGGGUGCAGUGAGGAGGGGCCCUAGAAAUUGUUGGCUUGUUUGAGGCUGGAAGGCUCACGUUGAAGUUCAGUUGCUGUUUUUUGGUGAGCGAGGGCACGGGUUGUGUGCACAUGUGGCCACUGGCCCGGGGGCUUCCUUCAUCCUGAGCCCCAGGCAGUCUGGUCCUGGGGAGACCAGACACCCCUCCAUUCCCGGACGUGAAGGGGUCUAUUGGUCCCCCUCCUCAGCACUCUGCCUCCCCUGACCAGGUGCAGAGCAAGCCCACCACACCCCCUGUGUGCACAGGGCCGAGCAGGUGUGGCUCAGCCUCCCUGUGACCCACAAAGCUGAGCCUCCCCCGGCCGCAGGCAACCUUGGGGGUGUUUAGGCAUCUUUCCGCUCAGGUUCCUCCUGACUGCUACCCUGUGUGGAGAGGCUUUGGGGGAGACCUGGGCUGGGCGUGGAGCCUCCAGGCCUCCUCCAGCCGGGCCAAACAUGUGCCUGCCCUCCAGAAAGAUCUGAUGGCUUCCAGGAAGGGGUGGGGAGACCUUGGGCAGGCCCAUGGGGAGCUCAUCUCAGCCCCUGUGCCCGAGGGCAGGGGGGUCUGGGCCUGAAGAGACUGCACUCCUGCUAGGGCUCCGAACCAACCACCUGGCCUAGGGGUGAGCCUCUCUCUUUCCCUGCCUCUUUCUCCCCUGACCUGGGCCCAGGUGGGCUUGGAGCUGCCUGAGCCUGGGGCCCCAGGCCACUCAGGACCUAACCCUCUUGGGACUGAGAGGCCAACCCCCAGCAUCCUCAGGCAGCCACUGGGGGGUGGAGGUGAGGAUGGGGAGGGUUGACCCCCAUCCCCCUCUGCAGCUUCCCUCCCUGACCCCAACGUGCACUUUCAUUUGACCAUCCCUGAGGACCCCGGGGAGACGGCUGGCCUCUCCUGGCGGUCAGCAGAAGGGCUUGCGCGCUUGCUCCCCCUCUCCCCCUCUCUUUCUCCUCCACUCCAGAGUGGGAGCGGCCCCCGACCCGAGGCCAGGACAUGAAGGGGUGCCCUUGGCCCGGCGGCGGCGGCACCCACGCAGAGAAGGCCUGACUGCUGCUCAGGCCAGCACAAUGUCCCGUGACCUCUGUCCCUUAAUCGUUUAUAACCGCCGUCUGUUUUGUUGUUCUGGGUAAGGAAGGCAAGAGCUAUACGUGAAACUUUAAUACUUCAAUGUGAAUGGGUUCUGAGCUCUCCCUGUGCCCCGGGCGGGCCAGGCCGAGCGUUUUGCACUAAUGUGUCCCGCGGUGGACGUGGGUCCGGAGCGUUUGCAGACGGGCAUGGCUGAUGAUUGUAUCUGCCGGGGCGCUCCCUCCGCGUCCUGAAUGUUCCGCGGGGCGGGCAGCGGCGGGCCUGGGCUCGGAGGGGCCUUCCAGAGUGCCUUAGCAUCUUCUGAUCAUUUUUCCCAAGGAAAACCAAUUAAGAAAACCGGACCCUCCCCCUCCUCUGUUUACAAGACGACUAAUUCCUGUCCUGUGAGCGUGAUCCUGACUCACCCAGACCCUGUAGACCGAGAGACAAGCCACUCAGUAUUUAUGACAUGUCUGCACCUUUAUUCCCGAGCUUGACUAUUAGCAAUACGCAUACACUAUGUAGUCUAUUAUAGAGCUAAGUUAGACCCGCGCCGUUUUGAGGAGGAGAGAAGGGACUGGACCCCGUCGGAGGGGACGUGGCGGGCAGCCGGCCGGGCCCCCAUCCUCACCCGCCCUCCCCGGCGGAUGGGCUGUGCUGAAGGAGGCAGCUGGGACGGAGUGCAAAAGGUCCAGAAGCAGGGAUGGGGGGGUGACGGAUACUGUGAGCUGGCGGGGCCACCCGGCCGGUGCGCCUCGGUACUUGAAUUCUGUCUUGUGUUCUGCACUGUGUCUGCUCUCACCCAGAGUUCUCUGUGGUUGCUUAACUUUGCGUUGGAUUCGAUAGUCUUGCCUUGCCCCCUGAAUGUGGCCGUGGCCGUGGACGAGCGGCCGGGGGGGAGAGACCGGCUGCUGUCUCCUCUGGGGAAGCUCGUUCUGGGGCGGUUGUGUUUGGAGCUGGGAGGGACGCAGAGGGGGAGGGGAGGGGCGGGGGCGGCGACUCUGGGGUGCCCGGCCCUGACCUGUUCCCCCUUAACGGCGGAACGUUCGAGUGCCUGCCCAGUGCCACCCCCAGCCACUUACUGCUUAGAUUCCCCUCAGAUGGGUUAUAUUUAUGGAAAUAUCUUGAUGCCGGUGGAAGGAGGCCGAUGGCCCAUUAACCAACCAAAAACUGCGAGAGGAACCUCUGUUUGCCUCUGCCAGCAGUAAAUCCUAAACACAGAAUGGAGAGUUCAUAGCUGUCUUGAGCUUUAACUACUGUUUCAGAAUGUUGCUGAUGCAUAAAUUUGUCAUUAUGUCAGCCGGGCAGCUCCGAGCGCGUGUCGCCCGCCACCGGCCGGAGAUCGUUAGGGCUUGGUACAAGAUGUUUCUAAUGUGGCAAAGGUUUUGGGUUUUGUUUGUUUGUUUUGUUUUGUUUCUUUGGAAAAAAAAAACCGAAAAGGAAAAUUAUGCAGAAUCUAAAGCAUUCAGAUUGGACAACCUGCUUGAAUUCUGAUCAACCCCUUCAUUGUUAGCGUUUUGCACAUGAUUGUAAUUUUUAUGUCAAAAGAAGCCAAAACUUGCAAUACUAUUUUUAGCAGACAAAAAAAAAAAAAAAGAACUAAGUAUAAAAUGUAUAAAUAUUUUUGACUUGAACAUUUGGAUGGCACUGGGUGCAAACAGACCAUUCAUCCUUUGGACGGAAUGUUUGGGAAAAAGAGCCUUUUUACAAAGAGACGGUUGAUGUCCAGUCUGGUGAGGGGGUGAAGUCCUACUGUAACUCACGACUGUUAAACAAUAAAUAAAUGAAAUCACUGUUCCUUGUGCCGUGGAGCAGGUUUGUUUUCCUAGGACCCACCCCCCAGCCCCCCUGAGAGAGCGAGUGGGCUCGUUCCAGCCCCAGCAGGUGCGUCCGCUCCUCCUCCCGCUCUUGCUGCAUUUGAGCCACGGCUGACGCUGCACCAGUCACUCAACCUAAAACAGAGACGCCCCCCGGCGGCCAGGAAACCCAGGGCUUCCGUGGCGCGCCGAGCCCGGUGCAGGAGGUGGAAGUCGUUGCAAACAGAAGGAUGUGAUCGUUAAUUGUAAAGCGCUUUGUAAAAUUCACAUUUACAGAAUAAUAAAGUCAGUUCA